AUGACACCAGAAAACUCCCACCCAGAAGAAUACAGGAUUGCAUCACUGGUCUUCUACAGCUUUGUGUUCACAGUGGGACUGUUGGUGAAUGCCACUGCACUAUGGGUUUUCAGCUGCACUACCAAGAAGAGAACAACUAUAACUGUAUAUAUGAUGAACGUUGCAUUACUUGACCUGUUUUUUAUCUUUUCCCUGCCUUUUCGGAUAAUCUACCACGGGACAGAAGUGUGGCCUUUUGGAGAUACGUUCUGCCGGAUCCUUGGGGCUUCCACCGUGUUUUAUCCAGCCAUUGCUCUGUGGCUGCUCGCUUUUAUCAGCGUAGACAGAUUUAUGGCUAUUGUCCAGCCCAAACAUGUCAAAGAACUAAAAAAUACAAAAAAAGCUGUGCUGGCUUGCACUGGAAUCUGGAUAAUGACCCUCUCAACAACAUCCCCAUUGGUGUUUUUACGAUCUGAUCCAGACCAAGCCUCAAAUUUCACCACGUGCAUGAAAAUGCUUGAUAUCAUCCAUUUAAAGGAAGUAAAUACACUGAAUUUUUGUCGCUUGAUUUUUUUCUUUUUGAUCCCCUUGUUUAUCAUGAUGGGGUGUUACCUAGUCAUUAUUUAUAAUUUUAUUCACGGCAAGACUUCCAAACUGAAGCCUAAGGCCAAGGAGAGAUCCAUAAGAAUUAUAGUUACUCUGAUUGCUCAGGUACUCAUCUGCUUUGUACCUUUCCACAUUUGCUUUGCCUUCCUGAUGCUGCAAGAUGAAAAUACAAGUUACAAUCCCUGGGCAGCCUUUACCACCUUUCUCAUGAAUCUCAGCACAUGCUUGGAUGUUAUACUGUACUACAUUGUUUCCAAACAAUUCCAGGCAAGAGUCAUCAGCGUAAUCCUUUAUCGCAAUUACCUUCGAAGUGUGCGCAGGAAAAGUUUUCGAACUGGAAGUGUAAGAUCACUCAAUAAUAUUAACAGUGAAAUGAUAUAAAAAGAGAAAAAAUGUCAGGGGACUUUUACAAUGCAAACAAGGGAUUCUUUUUCCAAUU